AAAUAAAGUCCCUUCUCUCUCUAUAUAUGUUAGGAUUCCAUUGUUUUCACAUCUUUCCUUUUCCACCAAACACAAUUUCUUCAGCUAAAAGCCUUUAAUCCCAUUAUUACUCCUUCAAUAAACAGUAAACCCCACAACCAAAAAUACUCAAUCAUUACAAUCUUGAAUCAUUAGACUGAGCCAAAAAAAAAGGUAGAAAAAAAAGGAGAAAAUAUGGAAGUAGGCAAUAGAAGGAAGAGUACUUCAUCAAGAAAUAAUGGUAGUGUUGUGGCCUCAGGUUCUGUUUGGGAAAACAGAAUGAAACUUGAUGAAGUAAAAGGUGGAAUCAAAGUACUUAUUAGUAACAAUUCUGAAGAAACCCCAGAUGAAAAUGAUGAUAAAGAUUGCACCUUUACUAGUGGAAACAACAAUCAAGUGGAUAAAAAGUUAGAAAUGGGGCCAAAAAAAUCAAAUCUUGGUGUUGUUGGGGUUAUGAGUGGGAAGAGAAAAACUUGGAAAGCUGAAAAUUUUGAAGGAAACCCAAUUCAGAUUGCUAGUAAAAAAACUGAUUUGAGCAAAAAAUUGGAUGAAAAGUGUCAUGAUUUGAGCAAAAAAAUGGAUGGAAAGUGUCAAGAUUUGAGUAAAAAAUUGGAUGAAAAGUGUCAAGAUUUGAGCAAAAUCCCAAUUCAGAGCAAGAAAAAGUCUGAGUCUUUUAAUGGGAAAGCAAAGUUAGUAUCAAGUAAGGAACUUGAUGAGGAAAGCAAGAAUCUUGAUUCUAAAAUCUUGAAAAAAUCCAAUCUUGAGGAGUCAAGUAAGAAUAUUGAAGGGUCAAUUAAGGAAAAUGAGAAGAAAGUAUUAAUUGGGAUUAAGAAGACAAAAUCUGAAGAAAAUUGUGAAGAGAAAUUCAUCACAAGCAAUGUGGUGAAUUUGGCUUAUGAUGAGGAGGUUUCGUCCGCUAUUUUGGACAGACAGGUUCGGAAGCUAAGGUCGAAGGAUCUUGAAAAUGAAGAGGAAGAAGAAGAAUGGGAUGAGGUAUUAGAGGAAGAAAUUGAUGAGGAAAUUGAAAAGAAAAGUGUUGAUGUUAAGGAAAUUAGAGUACAAGUACAGAAGCCUAAAAAGAUUGUGGUUGAAGAUAAGAAAUUUCAGUAUAGUAAUAAAAGACAAAUACCAAUUUCUUCAAUUAAUAAGAAACAGCUCCCUCCUACUUCAAUCCAUGCCAAAAUUCAUCCAAGUCCAACAAGAACCAAAUCAGUUCCAGUUUCAGAUGUAAAUCCUAGAAAAAAUGGCAAAUUACAAAGCUUAGUGGACUUAGUGAUGUGGAGAAAUAUAUCAAAAUCUACAUUAGUCUUUGGAAUUGGAACCUUUGCUAUUAUUUCAUCAUCAUAUACUCAAGACUUCAAUAUCAGCUUCAUUUCUGUGCUUUCCUAUGUAGGUCUGGUGUAUCUUGCUGCAAUCUUUCUCUUUAGAUCCCUCAUUCGCAGGAGAGCCAAUGAUAUUGGUGAAUCAAGCGAGUAUAUAGUAGGGGAAGAAGAAGCAGUGUGGGCACUAAAGUUGGUACUUCCUUUUAUAAAUGAGUUUCUAUUGAAAAUCAGGGCCCUUUUUUCCGGUGAUCCUGCAACUACAAUGAAGAUGGCAGUUCUGCUGUUUCUUUUGGCUCGGUAUGGCAGCUCCAUAACCAUUUGGAAACUGUCCAAAUUGGGUUUUUUUGGAGUUAUGGUCAUACCAAAAAUUUGCUCUUCUUAUUCCCCACAGUUAACCUCUUACGGUACAUUUUUGAUAAGAUACAUUAGAGAUGCUUGGGAAUCAUGUACUCACAAAAAAGCAGUUGGAUUUGCAAUCUUCACACUAGUUUGGAAUUUCUCUUCAAUCAUUGCCAGAAUAUGGGCAGUGUUCAUGUUAUAUGUGGGAUUUAGAUACUAUCAACAAAACUUGAUGACAGAGGACAUUACUAUAAAAGCUGAUGAUUCUUGGCAAGGAAAAAUUAGAGAACAGAGACAAGUUGGGAGAAAGUCCAGUUUAAUGGAAACAAGAAAACAAAAGAAAGCAUUUUAAGUUAAUCAAUAGUUAAUAUUAUAAAUAAUAAUAUUUUUUAUUAAUACUCGAGAGAUCAUUAGCCCUUCCAUUUACCUAUCCUAAGCCGAGGGUCAUCCGGAAACAGCCUCUCUGCCUUCUUGGAAGUAGAGGGUAAUGUCUACGUACACACUACCCUCCCAGACCCCACUUGUGGGAUGACACUGAAUUUGUUGUUGUUGUUGUUGUUGUACGUGAGAGACCAUUAACAAAGCUCGUUCAUAGAUCAGUGCAAAGCUAUUAAUCCAAUCCGAUCCAAGACGAACGUCUUCUUCAUUUCGUCUCCCCCAAUUUUUCAACCAUUUUCUUUUGAGAUUCUUUUAUUCUUACUGUACAUAUAGUUGUUUGACUGAGAAACUGAUGUUUUGGAGCAUAGCCUCCAUUGGCUAAUAAAGUUUUAUGCAAUUAACAUUUAAAUGGAAUAUUGUUUUGAUCUUUUAA